GAGCUUCCCUGUUGAUGUGCCCUCUUGCUCCUUUCUGCUCAGGCACCAGGGACUUCUCACCCACAUGCUGUAGCAGGCACUUACCUCGGCAGAUGGGUUUGGGGCUUCCAAAUGGCCUGUUCUCAAGCCCGCAGCAUUGUCUGUGCCGGUUUACAACUCCAGGAACCGCCAGUCUGUGAGAGUUCCUGUUAUCCAACUUCAACGCUAGGGUUAAGUGCGCCGGCCUUUAUCCAUUAGAAAGUCUACGAUGGCUACAGAGGCGAAGACCCCGUUGGCUGAACAUCCACUGAUGAGUCCCAGAUCCCUUAGAGGCCGAUGGAGGACGGCACCGAAAACUCAGGGGCCUGGUCAGCGAAAUCCUCAGAGGGUCCCGGGGCAGAGCGCCUUGCUUAGCAUAUCCAGAGUCCGUCUCUUCUCCAGAGGGACUCCCUUCAGCCAGGGCCACCGGGAGAAGGGAAUGCAGACAGCGAGAAGUCCAAGGGCUCAUCUGAAGCCUGAAAAGAAGUUAGGGCACAGCCCAAGGAGCCACGGGAACGGCAGACCACGGAAAGAACUGAUGAUCCCAGGGAUCGUGGAUUUCCAGCUGAUCCAAGCGGCGCUGAGGACCCCCAAGCCCCAAAGCCCCGGGGCCUACCGCUUUGGCCGCCUCAGCCACCACUCCUUCUUCUCCCGGCACCACCCACACCCACAACACGUGACCCACAUCCAAGAUUUCACCGGGAAGCCCGUCUGUGUCGUCAGAGACAAGUUCUCUCUGGCCCCCUUGCCUCAAGCCACACUCUCAUCCCGCUGUCUGAUGGCGAUGCCCACCAUCCCUGUCCCCAUCGGAGACCCGCAGUCCAAUCGGGACCCCUGGCUUCCUUAUGGACACAGGGCAGAAGGCUGGGGGGAGGCCUGGAAGAAGGAACUGAAGAACCUGGCUUCUCGGGUGGCCGUCUUCACCGAGAACGAGCUGAAGAGCAAAGAGCUACUUUGCUCCCAGCAGAAGGAGGAGCCUCCGCGGGAGCAGGGAGCAAAAUACUCAGCUGAGACCGGCAGGCUCAUCCCCACUGGCACCAGAGCCAUUGGCCACCGUCACUCCCGCCAGGACCCACGGAUUUAUCCCUCUGGUAAAGAUGGAGGAGUCCAGACCUUCAAGCUGCCGGAUCAGGAGCUGCUGAUCCUGGAGCUCCUCUGCCAAAUCCUGCAGACAGACUCCUUGAGCGCUCUCCAGUUCUGGCUACUAUAUGCUCCCCCGAAAGAGAAAGAUUUGGCCCUGGGGCUCCUGCAGACAGCGGUGGCGCAGCUCCUUCCUCAGCCCCUAGACUCCAUCCCAGUAGAAAAACUUCUGGAUCAGCUCCAGGAAGGCCAAGAGCCAUCUCAAGAGAGGAAACAGCCACCCUGCAGCCAAUCCUUGAAGAAGACGAAGACACCGCCUCUACCCAAAGGCGACAAACCGGAGUAUUUCGGGAAAGCCCAAGUCCUCCGAAUGCACUCAAGCCAGAACACAGCAGAGAAACCGUCAAAGCCAGAGGCAGAAUGCUGAGGAGUCUGAGCCACUUUGCCCGCCCUGCUCAAGAGCAGCCCCCAGGUUCAAGGUUGUUCCCAGCCCUACGGCCUCAACAGCAGCCCCGACUUUCCUAUCACAGGGAGCCUAUUAAAAACCUGCCUUCCCUUUAAGAGGACAAUUCCAUGCCUACUCUCGGUAGUAGGCCUGUGCCCCCCUCCCUUGAAGAAAGCCCAAGUGGAAUCGCUCACGCGGGGCUCAGCUGGUUCUGUGUUCCUGAGAGCUGAAAGGCAGCCUGAGAACGAGGCUCUGUCCUUCCCGAGCCAACACACACAGGACUCUGGGUAGGUCAGAGCGGAGGUCAAGAACCCACAGCCCUCCAUAAAGUAAUACCAAUACUUCCAUCAGUACCAGCUUCUCCCAGAAGCUCUCCUAAUAUCAUCGCUCCCAUUUUCUAGAUGAAUAAAUCAGGGCUCAAACCAUCUGUCCAAAUCCACACUGUAAGUGGCGGAUCCAGGACCCAAAUCCAGCACGUCUGGCUCGGGAACCCCCCGCUCUUCCCCGCUGUGCUCUACUGCCUUGCGACAGCAACCGUCACGAAAGGUUGUGGCUGCAAUGCAAAAAGCGUGAGCGUUAACAAAAACGGUGGUCGGCAAGAUCAAGGAGGGGACGUGGCGGAAAUGUGACCCAGCUGGGGUUUCGCUCCCCUUUACGAUCUAGAGAAGAUGGGCUUUGACCCUCUGGGGAGUCCAGCGUGAGCCUUGGGAUUUCUGCAGAUUCCCUGGGAAGCCGGGGCGCGGAGAUAUGGGAGGCGCUGAGGAUCUACAGUGUCAUGGUCGCCUGUGGCUCUGAGCUCCUGCUUCCACUGAAUUAGGUCCGUGGAUCACCGCUCUGUCCUCUUCUGGCCACUCGAUUCGGCCCCACCUCACGGGCACCUCAGACCGAUUGCGUCCCUCCGGGUUUCCUCAAAUACCCCGUUCACGCAAACCUUGUGUGUGCCGCAGGCUUCGGUCCAGAUCAGGGGCUGGACGGGGAUUGGCUGUGGAUCCAGCCAACAGCUUCACGUCCGUAUGAGAUCGCCUUGUUUUUUUAAAGUCCCCUCUCCCACGGAGGACGUCCCCCUGGCGGCAGCAUCUUUUAUAACCACGCCCCUUGCCAUCUUGCUGGCUUCGUCCUCCCCCGUCUGCACCCCUACCACGCGUUCGCCUCCAGAAAGCCCACGUUCAUUGUACUUUCAUUGUUCUCCAUUUUUUUAAUCUUGCUAAAAUCCACAUAGCAUAGACCUUGCCACUCUACCCACAUUUCAGGUGUAUACAGUUCGGUGAUUAAGUACAUUCACGUUGUUGUACAAACAUCACCAACCAUCUGUCCACAGAACUCUCUUCACCUUGCAAAACUGAAUGUCUGUCCCCAUCAAACACUUGCUCCGCGUUCCCCCUCCUUGCCCCCAGCACCCCCCUAGGAACUGGACUGCCCUAGGUACCUCGUAUCAGUGGAGUCACAAAGUAUUUAUCCUUUGGUGACUGGCUUAUUUCACUCAGUACGAUGUCCUCCAGGCUCAUCCAUGUUGUAGCCCGUGUAGGAAUUUUCUCUCAUUUAAUAGUUUUGCCGAUUCAAUAGUUCAGCUCCCCCCCCCCCCCUCCCAGUCCCUGUUCCCUGGCUCUCCAGCCCCUCCCUUGGGCUGUCCAGCCCCGUCAACGGGCUGACCUAGAGGUCUGUUCCUGGACCAGGGCCCUUGCCCCUUGGCAAUUGUAGUUAUGACAAUCUCUCCCUCCUCCCUUAGGAAUAAUUUUUAGCCAUCCACACAGUAGAACAUCCUAGAAGGUAUCUGCUUCCAGAAUAAAUCAUACUUGUUGGCACAGAA